AGGAGACACCCUCUUCGGCGGCUGUUCUUCAGCUCGGGACUUCUGACCUCCCUCCAGCAGAUGGCAAGAAAGAGUCCCGGCGCGCCAGCAAAGGGCUGAGCUGGGCGGAGCAGCUGAAAAUACGGCGCGCGCAGUCUCCGGCUCCAAUUUCUACGCGCACCGGAAGACGGAGGUCCUCUUUCCUUGCCUAACGCAGCCAUGGCUCGUGGUCCCAAGAAGCAUCUGAAGCGGGUAGCAGCUCCAAAGCAUUGGAUGCUGGAUAAAUUGACCGGUGUGUUUGCUCCUCGUCCAUCCACCGGUCCCCACAAGUUGAGAGAGUGUCUCCCCCUCAUCAUUUUCCUAAGGAACAGACUUAAGUAUGCCCUGACAGGAGAUGAAGUAAAGAAGAUUUGCAUGCAGCGGUUCAUUAAGAUUGAUGGCAAGGUCCGAACUGAUAUAACCUACCCUGCUGGAUUCAUGGAUGUCAUCAGCAUUGACAAGACAGGAGAGAAUUUCCGUCUGAUCUAUGACACCAAAGGUCGCUUUGCUGUACAUCGUAUUACACCUGAGGAGGCCAAGUACAAGUUGUGCAAAGUGAGAAAGAUCUUUGUGGGCACAAAAGGAAUCCCUCAUCUGGUGACUCAUGAUGCCCGCACCAUCCGCUACCCCGAUCCCCUCAUCAAGGUGAAUGAUACCAUUCAGAUUGAUUUGGAGACUGGCAAGAUUACUGAUUUCAUCAAGUUCGACACUGGUAACCUGUGUAUGGUGACUGGAGGUGCUAACCUGGGAAGAAUUGGUGUGAUCACCAACAGAGAGAGGCACCCUGGAUCUUUUGACGUGGUUCACGUGAAAGAUGCCAAUGGCAACAGCUUUGCCACUCGACUUUCCAACAUUUUUGUUAUUGGCAAGGGCAACAAACCAUGGAUUUCUCUUCCCCGAGGAAAGGGUAUCCGCCUCACCAUUGCUGAAGAGAGAGACAAAAGACUGGCGGCCAAACAGAGCAGUGGGUGAAAUGGGUCCCUGGGUGACAUGUCAGAUCUUUGUACGUAAUUAAAAAUACUGUGGCAGGAUUAA